AUGGCAUUGUUUGUACCAGAUUCCUUCCUGCCCAUGACCCCCGACCAAAUCACUGAAGCUCAGCUCCCUCUUACGUACAAGCCUCUCCCAGUGUUCGCAGCCCGUCGUCUCCAGACGUUCCUCAGCACCGGAACCGACCCGAACGCAUCCUUCACGAUAUUCAGCAGGCUACCUCUCGAGUUGAGGCGCAAGAUCUGGCGCUUGAGCCUUCCCGAGCGCAAUAUCAUCACCAUCUACACUGAGAUCUGGGCCGAGGACAGAGGUUACACUCGCCGAGUCUACAGCGCCAUCUCGAGCAGACUUCCCCCCGCGACGCUGUUCGCGAACCGCGAGUCUCGUGCGGUCACCCUCGAGCAUUACUCCCCCCUCUUCACACAGUGCGAAGGCCAAGGCGGCGACCGCAUCACCUACAUGGACUUCCAGAUCGACGUCCUGCGCCUGGGAAUCCUGGGCUUGUGCUGGGCCAAGUCAGUCCCCGGCGUCGAGUUCGAUCUGCGCAGAGUCAAGCACCUUGCCGUCCCCGGCUCCGGCGAGCAGAUCUCGUACAGGGGCCACGAAAAUGCAGCCGUUGCCUUCGAGAACUUCCGGAAUCUGCACACCCUGUUCUUCUCCACCUGCCACCAGCGCGGCGCGGCGCACCUGUACCGACCUGCUUCCCAGUGGCCCCGGACCUUGGCAAGCCCUUUCAACUGCGGAGACAAAGAGGACGAGAUUGAGGAUGGCGUGGACGGCAUGCGACCGAUCGAGCGACUGCGCAUCUGGACAGUCUGGCAGCGGCUGGAGAACGGCGGCCUGGAAGGUUUUACGAAGCCGGAGAUCGUCGUGCGCUUGCACAAAGAGGACAUUGCGACCUUUGACCGGAGACAAUACCUGGAGGAUUACCACGAGGAGAUGGAGAGACAAACGGAACAGCUGGAGAGGGAGCAACACGCCACCGAGGCAGAGAGUAUGAUCGAGGCGCUGAUAUGCCUGGCGUUCUCUUGA